GUCAUUCCCGUGUUCAUCACCGCAGCAUCAGCCUCAGGUCCCCGGGGCCGCUGAUUGGCUGCUCUCCUCCUCUUCUCGCCCCGCCCCCCUUUGCUCCGCCAGCCCGCCGCUGAUUGGUUUGCGCUCCUCUCCUCCGCCGGCUCGCCCCUCCCUCGCCCACGAGCGCGCCGCGCUGCGCAGCAGAGGAGGAAGCCGCGCGGCGAGGAGCGGAGCGGAGCGGAGCGGAGCGGAGCGAGCAGUGCGGCGUCCGGGGCGAGUUGUGUCGACGGGACGCGGAGAACAGCAGCGAGCUCCGCUGACAGAUGUCGCCUCCCCUCUGCCGGAGGGCGACGCUGGCGACCCGGCCGCCGCUGCACGUCCGGGUGAUGAGAUGGUAUGAAGAGACAGAGCCCAUAUUGCAUUGGACAAGAGCCGGCUGUGUCAGGCGGAUGCUCCGGUGAUCCAGCCUUCCUGUUUCCGACAGCAGCUCGUCAUGGGACCCUCCGCUGGCGGCAAGCUCCAGGACACCGCCGAGUAUCAGAGCGUACAGGAGACGCCGUCACUGCCGAGCGCUGAGAGCUGCCCCGCCGGCUGCGACGGCACACAGUGAGUCCGUGGACAUGAUCAGGUUUCUCCGCGGCGCUCCUUUUCAAUCACCACACCAACACUAGACGGUAGAGACGUCCACCCUCUGACGUCCAUGUCAGCUGCGUUGCGGAGGCAGUUCCUGCACCGCCGCCACUGGUAACACCAGCCACAUGAACAGCGAUGCCUUCUAAGGUCUCCUGCUUAUACUUGCUGACAGUGGUUUGUUGGGCCAGCGCUUUGUGGUACCUGAGUGUGUCCCGCCCUUCCACUUCCUUUGUGGGACAGCUGAGUAUCCCCAUACGCAAGGCGCCGAAGGCGGACAAGAAUGCCACCUUCGGCAACAUCCGCACGCGCUCGCUCAACCCGCACGACUUCGGCUACCUCAUCAACGAGGCCAAGAAGUGCGAGGCGGAGCCUCCGUUCCUCGUCAUCCUGAUCAGCACCACCCACAAGGAGUUCGACGCGCGUCAGGCCAUCAGGGAGACAUGGGGCGACGAGAGCACGUUUCCAGAAGUGCGCGUGGUCACGCUCUUCCUGCUGGGCCGCAGCACCGACGCCGUUCUCAACCAGAUGGUGGAGCAGGAGAGUCAGAUCUUUCACGACGUGGUCGUGGAGGAUUUUAUCGACUCCUACCACAAUCUGACGCUCAAGACGCUGAUGGGCAUGCGGUGGGUGGCCACCUUCUGCUCCAAGGCUCAGUAUGUCCUCAAGACGGACAGUGACAUCUUUGUCAACAUGGAGAACCUCAUCUACAACCUCCUGAAGCCCACCACCAAGCCCAGGAGGAGGUACUUCACCGGCUACGUCAUCAACGGCGGGCCAAUCAGAGACAUGCGCAGCAAGUGGUACAUGUCCAGGGACUUGUACCCAGAUAGCAAGUACCCCCCCUUCUGCUCCGGCACUGGUUACGUCUUCUCGGCAGACGUGGCCGAGCUCAUAUACAAGACCUCGCUGCACACGAGGCUGCUGCAUCUGGAGGAUGUGUACGUCGGCGUGUGCCUCCGUAAGCUCGGCAUCCACCCCUUCCAGAACAGCGGCUUCAACCACUGGAAGAUGGCCUACAGCCUCUGCCGCUACCGCCGCGUGGUCACCGUGCACCAGAUCUCCCCCGAGGAGAUGCACCGCAUCUGGAACGACAUGACCAGCAAGAAGCACCUGAAGUGUUAGCAGGGCUUGUUGGUCGGGGGAGGGUCGGAUGCCCGCUCAUCAAUCUGCCGCUUCUGCGUUCUUCGUAUUGGCAAACUGAGCUGGAGGGAACAAUGUUGACGAUUCAUCCGGGUCUUGGCUCUGCUUUGCCAUGAGUCUGGACUCUGUGUUGGUCUGUGUCCGCCCUCACCUCGAGGCGUUGACUCUGCUCAGACUCUGCGAUUUGGGCACACGGUUUGGAAACGUUUUCCAAAAAAAUAAAAGCAAAAACGCGCAGGCGGUUGGUCGUCGUUGCCAGCAGCAACAUGUUUUUUUUAUAGGAAAGGACACGGCAGGAGACUCAGAGGUGUUACCCUACUCAUUUAUACAAGACACGACUUGUCCCUGGUGACUACACAUGAGACGACAGACUCACGCUGACCACAUGCUCUGACUCUGAAUGUUGCUGGUGUAUUUUCAGUUGUUGUACCUUCUGAACACGGUGUUGAUGUUGGAUGUACAGUCUGGUACUGCAGCAGCCGUCGCCAUCGAGGACCCUGGUGAGUUCACGGUGUAAAGACAUUAAAAGUAUCAAUGAGCCCCCCUGCGAUAUCCUAUUUUCUUACGGCAGAUCCUCGGAUCUUUGUGAACAUUUCCUCCACGCGUCCCCAGAUGGCGUGACCAUUUCGGCGGCCUGCGUUCCCACGUGGAUGUCACUUCUGUUAACGUGUAUAAUGUGGCUAUUCGUCUCGGGCACCGCUGUGAGCUGUAAUACAGAAGUCUGCCUGCGGACUGUUAUAUUUCUUUUUGUACUUGAACACGAAGGAGAACAGAUUUAACUCGAGGAAGACGAACAUCACACUUUUGAGUGCUUUCUUCUUUUCAAUUACUUGAGAUUAAAUAAAGCAGCUUUUAUAAGA